AUGGUGACAGAGGGUCAGGUGUACAGGCUAAAUAUGUCGGUGACGUUUGAGGAUGUGGCCAUGUAUUUCUCCCCAGCGGAGUGGGCGCUGCUGGGCGAGGAGCAAAGGCAACUUUACAGACACGUCAUGUGGGAAAAUUACCAGACUCUGGUCUCAUUAGGAAUCCAAAUCUCCAAGCCAGUGGUGAUCUCCAGCAUAGAGCGAGGGGAAGAGCUGUGGGCCCAGGGUCCCACAGAAGAUGAAGAUGAGGACAUCCUGAGAGGGUUUCCAGAUGCAGAAGAGACCUGGGACUGGCCAGCAAUUGAAAGCUCCUUGGGCUUCUUCCUCACACAAAGCUCUUCCCCUGGAGCAGAACAUCUCAUUAGACAUCAGAGGAUCCACACUGGGGAGCAGCCGUAUUCCUGUGCUGAGUGUGGGAAAAAAUUCAGUCUCCUUCAAAGUCUCAGGAGACACCAGGAAACCCAUAGUACAGGGAGACUCCAUCGCUGUGCUGAGUGUGGGAAAAUAUUCCGUCAUCCAGAAAAUCUCUCUAGACACCAGAGAGUCCACACUGGGAAACUCCAUCGCUGCACUGACUGUGGAAAAGGCUUUGUCUAUAUACAUCAUCUCAAGAGCCACCAGAGAAUCCACACUGGAGAGAAACCCUAUUGCUGCACUGAGUGCGGGAAAAGUUUCACCCAAUUGUCAGGCCUCACCAACCACCUGAGAAUCCAUUCAGGAGAGCGACCCUAUCCCUGCACACAGUGUGGGAAGUGCUUUGCUCACUCAUCAUCUCUCACUGAACAUCUGAAAAUCCAUUCAGGAGAACGACCAUAUUCCUGCAUUCAGUGUGGGAAGCACUUUGCUCGCUCAUCAUCUCUUACUCAGCAUCAGAGAACCCACCCAGGAGAGCGACCAUAUUCCUGCGCUCAGUGUGGGAAGUGCUUUGCUCGCUCAUCAUAUCUUACUAAACACCAGAGCACCCACUCAGUAUAG